UUGAGUUCAAUGCUUAGCUCAAAUGGAAUUUUCUCUCGUUAUCUUGCUCUAGAUAAAUUAACUGCGAAAUGUUGGUUUCUCUCUGCAAUUGCGAUCGUCAUUUCUCCUUUCUCCCUUCCACAACCCUUCUAAAACCCUCGUUUGGAAUUCCAAGUUAUCAUUAUCCAAAUUUUCUGUUUAAACCCUUCCGCCGGCGAGCUUCUAUUUCCGUUGCCGCAUCCGGGGCGGACAGCCAGACUCUUCCGGCGUCCGCCAUCCAUCGAAUAGCGGAGAAACUCCGUAGCCUUGGAUACGUAGAAGAAAGUAGCAAUGAUAAUGAUGAUGAAACAUUACCUCCUGGACCCAAUUCUCCUGGAGAAAUUUUUAUCCCGUUCCCUACCCGUUUGCCGAAGUUUCGAGUCGGGCAUACACUGGACCCGAGCUGGAGCACGCCGGAGAACCCGAUUCCUGACCCCGGGUCGGGGAAUGCGAUACGGAGGUUUCAUGAGUUAAGGCGCGGGGUUUUGGAGGAGGAGGAGAAAGAGAGGAUUAGGAAACGCAGGGAGGGAAAGAAGGAGAGUGCUCCAAGUUUGGCGGAGCUUACGUUGCCGAAGGAUGAGCUCAGGAGGCUGAGGAGUAUUGGGAUUGGACUGAAGAAGGAGUUGAAGGCAGGGAAAGCUGGAAUCACGGAAGGGAUUGUGAAUGGGAUUCACGAGCGAUGGAGGCGGUCCGAGCUCGUGAAGAUUACGUGCGAGGAUAUAUGCAGGCUGAAUAUGAAGAGGACUCAUGAGUUAUUGGAGAGAAAAACGGGAGGUCUAGUUAUUUGGAGAUCUGGAAGUAAUAUAAUAUUGUACAGAGGAUCUGAUUACAAGUAUCCGUACUUUCUGACUGAUGAAUUAUCAAAUGACUCUUCUUCUGAAGAAUCUCCUAAUAUAGACAAGGAUCAAGGAAUAGUUGGUAAAACGGAUGAGCAGUCACCAGUCACCGACGCUGUGGAAUCUCGUAGACUGAACUCUGGCACACACAUUUCUCAUCUACCCUUAAUACAAGGGGUAGGUUUGCCAAAUAGAGUUCGCUUCCAGCUUCCUGGGGAGGCAGAGCUUGCUGACGAAGUUGAUACUCUGCUAGAAGGACUUGGCCCACGUUUCAGUGAUUGGUGGGGAUGUGAUCCUUUGCCUGUUGAUGCUGAUCUUUUGCCAGCAGUAGUUCCUGGAUAUAAGAGACCAUUCCGUCUACUUCCCUACGGAGUUAAACCUAAACUGACAAACGAUGAAAUGACUACAUUACGGAGACUCGGUCGGCCUUUACCAUGCCAUUUUGCUCUAGGCAGAAAUAGGAAGCUUCAAGGAUUGGCUGCCGCCAUUGUUAAGCUCUGGGAGAAAUGUGAAAUUGCCAAAAUUGCUAUAAAAAGGGGAGUUCAAAACACAAACAGUGAAUUGAUGGCUGAAGAACUAAAGUGGUUGACUGGAGGAACCUUACUGUCAAGGGAUAACGAAUUCAUUGCUUUCUAUCGGGGAAAGGAUUUUUUACCAGCUGCAGUCUCUUCAGCUAUAGAAGAGCGGAGGAAAUACGGGAUAGAUAUGUCAAAAACCAGGACAGGGAACUCACCGAUUUUGGAUGCAAAGGAAAUUAAACAUGGAACCAAGGAAUAUGCUGCUGAAGCUGAGCAUGAUGAAGAAUGUAACCAAAAAUCUGAAGAAAGGAAGCUGAAGUUCUCACAGGCAGCAAUGGAGAGAACAAGUACCAAGUUAUCCAUGGCCUUAGCAAAAAAGGCCAGGGCAGAGAAGCUUUUGGCAGAGCUAGAGAAAGAAGAGAUGCCUCAACCACCUGAGAUAGAUAAAGAGGGUAUAACUGAAGAAGAAAGAUACAUGCUGAGAAAAGUGGGUUUGAGGAUGAAACCUUUCCUACUGUUGGGUCGUCGAGGAGUUUUUGAUGGAACAAUCGAAAACAUGCAUCUGCACUGGAAAUAUAGGGAACUGGUGAAGGUAUGUAUUGGCAGGAGGAACAUCAAAGAGAUUCAUGAAAUAGCACGGACUUUAGAAGCUGAAAGUGGUGGCAUAUUAGUAGCAGUUGAGCGAGUUAGUAAAGGUUAUGCAAUCAUUGUAUAUCGUGGAAAAAACUAUACACGCCCUGCUUCUUUGAGGCCUCAGACACUUCUGAGUAAACGAGAAGCAAUGAGACGUUCGCUAGAGGCACAACGCCGUGAGUCCUUGAAACUACAUGUUUUAAAGCUCAGCAGAAAUAUUGACGAAAUGAAGCUCCAAAUGGCCAAAGAAGGUGAUCCCAAUGAUAUGCAGUUGACAAAAGAUUUGGAACUUGGAUUUGUUGACCAGAAGAAUAGUAAAAAUCAUUACAACAAAGAUAAAGCACUUCAUCAAGAUCCUGAAAGUGCCCACCAGUCUUACUUUGGAGAGCUUGCCAAUGAGGCUAGAGACAGCCCUGGAACAGAUGACACAUCUAAGGACCCAGAGGAUUUGAUGCACACUGCAAAAGACUCUGAGGAUAUUGUUCAACAGGACUCAUCAGGCUAUGUGUCUUUACAUUCUGCUGUUAAAGGCAAUUAUUUGUUUGAAACAACAGAAGAGGAGCUCCAGCCCAGAUCAUUACCUCAGGAAACCAAGGGCCUUUUAAGCAUAAAUGAGCAAAGUGGACAUAUUGAACUUUCAUCUAGUCUCAGGUUCCAAGAUCGAACAAGCUCUUCAACCACUACUUGUAUCCAGUCUCACACUGGAGGUAGGGAUUCCAGUACUGGUGGUUUCCAGAAUGUUGAAUUAGAACCAUCCGUGAAGAAAGCAUUGAGCGAGGCAACAGCAGCAAUGCCCUUCCGAGCUUUGCAGCUUUCAAACAGAGAGAGGCUGCUUCUAAGAAAGCAGGCUCUUAAAAUGAAGAAACUACCUGUGCUUGCUGUAGGAAAGAGCAAUGUCGUCACUGGAGUUGCUAAAGCAAUAAAGGCACACUUUGAAAAGCAUCCUCUAGCCAUAGUGAAUAUCAAAGGCAGAGCAAAAGGGACGUCAGUCCGGGAAGUGAUCUACAAUCUGGAGCAAGCGACUGGUGCUGUUCUUGUGUCUCAAGAACCUAGCAAAGUGAUACUCUAUAGAGGGUGGGGAUCAGGAGUGGAGCCCGACCAAGCUAGUGGAAAGGUGAAUAAAGAUUUGAAAAAUGACUCAGCCCGUGGGGAGGCGAAGGCUCGGCAGCACAUAUCUCCCGAGCUCAUAUCAGCUAUAAGAUUGGAGUGCGGUUUGAAGUCUCAAUGAUGAACACGUAGCAUUAAAUGCUACAGACGAACAGCUAGUUGCUUAUUCUCUAAUGCUCCUUUAACCAUAUGCGAUGAAUCCGAUGUUUAGGAGCUCAUUUCUCCUCGCAAGGUCUACCGUCCAAGACAAAAGGCAUAUCUACGUGAAUCUUUUUUGUUAGAAGAGGAGCAAAAGUCUAAUCUCUUUCUAGCUGGUGACCACCCAAAGCAAAGAUAAUUACUUACAGGUGGUAUUAUAUAUGUGGUGGGAAGUAGCUAGUUCAUGCUAAAGAAAUAAAAUGUUAGCAAGUGAGAAAACAGCUUCGGCAACAGUGGCAUGAAUUGUAAGGUGGGAACCGGCGUGAUGAUGGGCUUUUGUCAUUUCUAGGCAUAAUAAGCUCUUAUCAACUUGUUUCUGAUAUAGUUCAGGAAUCUGUACAGAGCAUUGCCAUCUUUGUUGUA